UGAUGAUGUGGAUGAUGUCCUAAAGACUGUCAACUUCUUUAGGGAGAUGAAAGCUAUAAACAGGGAAUUCUUCUGUGACAUGCAACUCGAUGAGUCCGACAGAGUUAAGAACAUAUUCUGGGCGAACGCAAGCUGCCGAGGCGCAUAUCAGGACUUCGGUGACUGUGUAACAUUUGACACCACGUACAAGACCAACAAGUACCAUAUGCCACUUGGGGUGUUUGUCGGUACUAACAACCACUUACAGACUACAUUCUUUGGUUUCGCCCUGAUAAGAGAUGAGGAUGCAGAAUCAUUCAGAUGGUUGUUCAAGACGUUUUUAAGGUGCAUGAGAGGGAAGGCUCCUACAUGCAUCCUCACAGUGCCAGGCAAUGGCUUUGGCGAUCGCAGAUGUUUUCAAGAACACAAUACAUAAGCUAUGCCGCUGGCACAUUACGAAGAAGUACAGGGAACACCUCGCGUACCUAUAUUUCCUGCACGAGGACCUUAAGGAUGAAUUCACAUCAAUUCUCAACUGGCCCCUCAUGCCAACUGAGUUUGAGGAUGCCUGGAAAAGACUCAUGGAUAAGUACAACCUCCAUGAUGAUGCCACAAUGGUGGGCAUGUGGAACGAGCAUGAGAAAUGGAUAUCAGCCUACUUCAAAGAAAUUUUCUGCGCCAAAAUGACAUCCACACAGUGAAGUGAGAGCAUGAACUAUGUGCUCAAGAAGAACUACGUAAAUGAGAGACAUAACCUACACCGGUUUGUCAGCCAGAUAAACUCCUGCGUCAAAAGCAGGAGGCAGACAGAGAACCAGGAGACAAUGGGUAACCGGACGGAACAAAACACGCUGACCUUCUAUGGGUUUGACACCCAGAUGGCAAAGCUGUACACGCGAGUUGUGUACAGCGAGAUCAGAGAUAGGCUAAAACUGAGCACUCUCUUCACGGCGAUAGAGACGGAAGAGCCCACAAAGUACCUAGUGCGCUACAACCACCCGCAAAAACUGUCUGUGUGGGCUCAGCACGCGUUCCAGGUGGUUGCAGACCCCGUGGGAGAAACAUAUGAGUGCGAGUGCAGGCUAUGGGACCACACAGACAAUUAAGGCUCAAAGCGUUCCAGAGAAAUACAUACUCAGGAGAUACACCAAACGACCGAAUAUCCAGCCAACAUUUGACAGAAAUGACUUGAGGACAGUAGCGUCAAACAAGGCAUCCCAAUACUGCAUUGAAAGCUCACUGCUGACGCUGAACAUGAGGGUGCACAGAAAAAGCUUGAGAAGCCAAGAGCAAAUGGCAAGGACGCGGGUCGUCAUGGACAAACUUGAACAAGAACUCGACGCCAUGCAUUCUGCUGACAAUGGGGGUGUCGCGGACAAUGAAGCCAUUGAGAAGGAUAUUGCUACAAUGUUGUCCGAGAUGAACCAUAUGGGAGCUAUUGACCCGUUUGAGAACGAGGAAGAGGAGCAGCAGCAACCGGAGCUUGCCCGUGUGGACACUCAAGAGCAACGACAAACUCACAUGCAAGAUCAUGAGCUUGAUGGUGCUGUAGGCGAACAACAUGACAAUAGCACAUCCUACAAGCAGCAUCAGGAAAGGGUGAUUAAACCCCCAAUAUUCUCAAACACAAAGGGGAGGAAGAGCAAGAUGCAAGCAACAGCCAAAAAGCCACCACGCCCCAUCAAGCGCGUGGAAUUUGGCCCGGACGGCAAACCCCUCGGGGUAAGGGCAUGCGGAUUCUGCAAUGUCGUGAGCAACCAUAACUACCGCACAUGCCCACUCCGCACAGAUGCCACUGUCAACAAGAACAAGCAGAUUGGAGCCACCCAACUUUCUACCAAUGGAGACAACACACGUAACAGCUACACUUGCCGCAAGUGUGGCGGAACUGACGGACAUAAUGCCCGCACGUGCAAAGUGGGCAAGGAGGUCAGUGGAGCUGAACAUAAACAGGGCAAGGUACAGAGUUCCAAGCAAUCAAAUGAAGACGAUGAAGAAGAAGAGUUUGAUGAGAAUGACGGCCAAUCAGACGAAGACAAUGAAGAUGACAGUGUCGGGGGCGAGGAAACUGAAACUGACGAUGAAGCUGCCAAGGCUCAACCUGGAAAGAGCGUUGGCAAGGCACAACAUUCGGGGACAGUUAGGAGAAGCUCAAGACUGAACAAUACAUAGUGGUUAUCCUGCUGCGUCAACUAAAAAAUAACCGUGUAGUCUCAAUUGAAUCAGCACACAAUGAGGAAGCAUUUCACAAAAACACUGUCAUUUACCAAAACUUAUUUAGCUUUAUCGUCAAUUUCUCGAUCAGAACUAAAGUUAUUUUUUAGUUUGUGAUUCGUGACCACUGGAGCAGUGAUAUUGUUAUGUAAACCAUUUGAUAAUCAUUUUGAAUGCAGUCACAAAAUACGUUUGAAAAAACUUAUCUGGAUAUAUCCGACGCAAAAGGCUACUGUGAACCAGUAACUCAGGAAAAAAAUAUGUCAAGGAAAAUUUUAAACUCUUGUAGCAUAUUAGUACUGAUAACUAUCAGUCGUCAGUACAAGGCAGAGUACACAUCAGUACUGAUAUAAUUUCUGAUUUGUGCCCGCUGAAGCAGUGACAUUAUUAUUUAAACCAUUUGAUAAUCCUUUUGAAUGCAGUCAAAAAUAAAAUUGAAAAAACUUAUCCUCAUAUAUCUGACGCAAAACUAUGCCUGCUCCUACAAGUCCCAAUUUAGAAAGACCGUCAGUACAUAAAAAUAAUUACAUCAAGCAAAAUGCGAAUAUAAUACAUCCUGUACUGGUGAAAAUCUAAUUUAUCUGUAAAAAAUACUCACAUGUUAUCUUGAUAUAAACAAUCCUUUAAAAAAAUACGAAAAUUGUUUAAAAAAACAUUAGCACCACACAUAGUAUCGCUGGUAUUUGGUACGUUCAAUUACACUUCAAUCACCAGUCCGAGUACGACACUAGAGGAGUUCAGACCUCCACCAACACCGACGCUGACACGUGCAAGUGGGAUAAGCAGCUGAUAAGUACAGCUUGACUAUACGAAUCGGUGCCACAGUAAAAUGCUAUCAUCACCACCGCAGAGACGUGCAAGUGGGGUUUUGCAGAUCAUAAGUACAGCUACACAAGACUAGCCAGUUCAACAGUAAAAACCAUUUAACUUGGACGGUUAGUUCUUCCAGGCCACCACCCGCGCCACCCACUGCGCGGUUGCCAUGACGAAGUGCAAACGACGACCCCCACGACCACUACACACAAGCCCCCCGACGAACCGCCUCCCACACACCACCGUCGGCGCACUGAAAAAAAUACCCCAUUGUCUUCCAUCUCUCCCUUGUUUCCACAAACCACCAUUGCCGCUUCCAUUUCCACUGCACACAAACCUCCAGCGUCUCUCUCCAAAGCCCACAAGUCGCCGGAGGAAGGCCAUGGCGGAGGAACCGUCCGCCAAGCGUCAUCAUGCCGAGACGUCGGACAAGAGGAGCAACCUCGUCGACAUUAACGUCCUCGGCGAGAAGCGCGACUACACCAGAACGCUCAAAGGGGUUGAGCUCCACGGCAAGGAGACGCUGGAGAUCGUCUGCACCAGCGAACCAGACAAGGCCGAUGAGGUGAUCUCCAGGCUCUGGAGGAAGCUUGGCGGCAGGAUUCGUAGGAUCAUCGGCGUUGGUGUGCACUACACCAACAAAGAUGAACCUCCCCAGAUGGCGGCAGUCCUGCAGUUGUGCGUCGACGAACUCUGCUUGGUGUACCACAUCGCAACGGCCACAAAAUGGCCCAAGCGCCUGACCGACAUGCUGCAGCAUGACAAGUUGUCCACAUUUGCCGGUUUCAGCAUUGAAAGCGACAAACAGAAGCUGAAGUUGUCCGGUAUGGAGAUCAACUCCAACAAGUUCAUCGAC